AUGAGUGGUCGCUGUCACAGCCUUACUGCUUUGUUUCACUUCGGGUACACAGCAUGGAAGCAGUUAAUGCACGCUUCGCUGCAAAGUGGCCACUGGGGUAUGGAAGCAGUUGAAGACAUAUCCCCAGGCCACAUUGCAGAGGAGGAGGAGAAGCAAAGCCAGGUCUCCAAAUUGCUUCUGGCCAGUGCAGUAUUGAGGACCUGUAUGGAGGCGGUGCACACUGGGACUGAAUGCUUUUAUGAGGAGAUCGUACGAGCAUUCCCACAAGACCCGUUUGGAGGUUCAUGUACUUUGCCAGCUGCGCUCAGUGAUGGCACGGCCGAUUCGGAUCCCACAAACACCUUGCUCACCAAGCUGCACGAGCUUCGCAAGACCCCGCAGAAGCCCUCGCAUACCAUGACGGAGAACAUCAAGAAGAAGGCACAUGUUGUGACUUGUCGAAAGCCAGCUGGCGGCAACGCCAUCGAGUCCGUUAUCUACAGCAACCCGCGCUUGACGCCGCGCGAUGGUUCUCAAGACGAGUCCUGCUCGCCAGUGUUCGAGGGUGACAAGAAGGGUUGGCUGACCGACAAAGAGAUUGGUGCAGCAGCCUGGCCUGGCAAGGAGCGGGAACUCCAGCCUUGGGCUGCGCCCGGUGAUGAUGACACCUUGGAGGAGCUUUCGGCGCCAGGCCACCACAGCGAGAGUCACUGGGACCAAUUCCGAGCAAAUGCAGAACUCUUUGGAUAUGUCUCCACCUUCAAGGAAGAUCUAUCCCAGUAUUCAACGAUCAUCGAUGUCGCCAAAGUGCCAGCCCACGCACGGAAGAAGGCUGAACGUCUAGCCAGAGAGAUCGAAGUCCGUCACAGUAUUCGAGGUAGCGCUGAUGAAGAAGCCACAGGACGAGAUGAAGAGAGUUUGUUUUCGUCCGUUUCGCAAGGCUGUGCCGGUGUGAAUGGUGUGAGGGACGAUGCUUCUAUGGAUUCAAAGGGCCGAGGGCAACGAGCUGAUGGUCCCGGCAACUCUCAAGAGGAGCAUGACCAUCCCCCAUCUGACGUGGUGCAGAAUGUGAAGAUGCCAGAUGUGCAAGAUGCGCAGAUGAAGGUGACAGGCUCGUUUUUCCAUGUGGACGGGGUUGGGCUGCUUGAUGAGAACCUGGUCCGUUCCAACCCAUGGGUGCUGGACCAAAAUUCUGCAAGAUGCAUGCCGGGAUGCAUGCCAAAUAUGCCUAAUAUGCCUAUGACUUCUGCACCAGGUUUUCUGAGCACCCAACCGAGAAAUGCGGCAAAUGCAGCAACUUCAGUGGAUUCCUGUUUGUCUCCAUCUCCCGUGCUCAGCACUGCGCCGGUGUGUGCGCCGAACGUGUCCAUGGCCAGGGUCCCGCAGGUCUGGCCUGCAGGCACUACCGUCAUUAUUGAUGGGUUGAUGACAUGUCCGACCUUUAAUGGUUUGAAUGGCCUUAUCGACUCCUACGAUGCGGAGACCAACCGCUACAACGUGCAGUUGCCCUUGACGGAUAGCUUCGGUGUCUUCCAGAUUGCCAAGAUCAGGCCUGAGAACCUGAAGUUCUAUCCAAGUCCACGGUGCCAGUGA